ACCACAUUCAUCACACUAAAAUAAGUUGAUAACACCAAGCAUAUACUUAUAUACUUACAUAGACAAAUGGCCUCAUCAUUAACUAUAGAUGAGAAGCAUGCAGCGGCAAUAAUUGAAAUGAUGGCGGAGUUGGGGACAGGCGAUGAUGUGCCAAACUCGGGUGAUAGCGGGACGAAAGGAAAAUCAGAGGCAACCACAAGGGCCUUGAUGAUGAAUAAUGGCUUCGGAAACGCUACAUUUCAAGAGAAGAAAGAUUGGUCUGGUUCUGUUAUUGGCGCUUACCCUCCAAGUCUUGGAAUGAACCGUCCAGGUAAGUAUACGCACCGUGGUGUCCCUCCUAAGGAUUUGAAAGGGUCCAAGGGAGCUGUGGUGUAUGUUGGCUCUAAUGUACAAGCUGGGCCAAUUAACUCUGCAUGGAUCCUUGCGUGGAACGUUCCUAGAGACGGCAGUCCAAAUCAGAUUUAUGUUAAAACUGGGCCAAACACCAAGUAUGGUCAAGGUAAGGUCGAUUGGGAUUCAAUUGAAACUAGUCUGAAUAGCUCUAAGGGCGAAAGUUAUUAUCGUGAUGAUGGUACGGGAGCCGAGGCGUCUGCGAAAAUUAAUGCAACCGGCAAUUCUCCUGGAGCUUCUGCAGUCUUUGAUGUGUCUAUUAACUAAUCUGGAUUAGCGAUAUAUCUGUAUGUACGAGUAGAUAUCUGAUCUGCUCCUAUAUCAUGUAUCAUUUCAGAGCUAAGGGUCAGUAAUGGAGUCUAAUGUUACCCCAUUUAUAUAUCUAUAUACUAGUUUUAUACCGUAGUAUGAUGGGAUGCUGUCAGGCACCCAAUGUCGCUACUAUAAUCAAUACAACUACUAGCUUAUAUAUAAUUAAUAAAUACUCCUUAAUACCCUUAGUUAUGCCUAGUGUGCUUGUUUUCUUUUCUUGUAUUUUGGGGACUUCUUUGAAAUUGUGAGGCAACUUAUAUAUAUACAGCAAAUUUGCAUUUCCUUCU